CACUUUCUUUCCUCUCCUUGCAGCAGUGACAGUUCGGGCUAGAUGGCAUCUGACUGGUCAGCGGCAGUACGAGUACUCAUGAAAAUACUCGCCCCAUAUAGUUUAUACCACUGUAUAAGUGACAUGCUGGGAACUGUAUUUCCUAGUGCAGGUAAAUUCAGGGGCGGACUGAAAACUCAUGGGGCCCCCGGGCAAUAGGGGAUCAUGGGACCCCUGUGUCCUUGCCCAAACUCAAAAAAGCCUAUGAAAAAGGUACCAGGGGCAUCUCAUGGGGCCCCCUACUGACCCCAGGCCCUCGGGCAGUGCCCGAGUUUCCAAAUGGUCAGUCUGCCCCUGGCUGAGUUUGGGAGUGCUAACAGUCA